UGCAGGUGGCGUGCAAUUGCGUGAGUGUAUGUAUGUGGGAGUGUGCGUCCCUGCGUGUCACCAACAAGUUGCUAAUAUUUUUUAUUUAAUUUCCUCCAAACGCAUUUAGUAUUUAGUAUUGCGCUGCGGGAGUAAGCCGAGGCUGCGGCGAGUGAAGCAUCUUUUCAGAGGAAAUGAAAAAGACUUUCCACAACAACGGAACUCCGAUGAAGUCGAAAAUAACAAGUUUGCUCCGCGCAGCCUUUGAAAGCAAAGCCGCAUCUCGACGAAUGUCGGCGUGUCUUUCUGUGACAACAGCUAACAGGAGCUAAAGUGUCCCGCUGCUCGUGUCCUUGUCGUGGUCGGCAGUCAGAGUCCCGUGCGCCUUCUUUCUAAACGUGUCAGGCUCAUGUUAAAACCUAACAGUCGUUGACAAGCAGUACGUGAGAGAGGGGACAUGCUGAAGACACUGACCAAGAAGCUAAGAAGACACUCGCUCAACGAGAUGCAUCCUUUCCAACUGAAGAUUUCUUACCAUGGCCGUGGAGAGGGAGGGGAGAGUGACGACUCCGAGGGGGAGAACCAGGAGCUUGCACAGAUUGACAGAGAGAGAUGGAGAAACUGUUGCCUCACACCCUUGGCGACCAGCCAGCAGCACAACCAGGGGCUCCUCUCUCCAGCCCGGUUACGACGCCUUCGCCUCCUCUUAGACGCCAAUGUGGAUCGCCACUCCUCCGAGGAGGAAGAGCUUGAGCGGAUUAGCCGCGGCGACAACAGGAAGUGGCUGUCGGCGCUUCCCCGGCGCCACGGCGACCACCACAGCAGCCCCUCCAGCGACGAGGAGGUGCGCGACCUCUGUGGUUGCAGGUCACCCUCCGCCUCCGCCAGGGCGCUGGGCGAGCCGGCCGGGCGCCUGGCCGCCUCCCCGAGCCCCGUGCUCUUCAGCUCCAGUCCACCGCGUAGCGUCAAGCCCCCCCCCAUGCGCUUUCAGCUGCAGGUGGUGCAGCCGGUGGCGCGGCCCAUCAUUUUGACCCACUUUGACCAGUCAGCACCAUAUAGGAAGUAUCGGCACAGUUAUGGUGGGGAGCCGGGGCGGCCGAGUCUGGAUCUGGAGAAAAUGCAACAGAAAAUGCUGCUGAAAAAGAACUGUGGAGGGAAAACACGGACCAUAAAGAUUCGGAAUGUGACCGGCGGUCGACCUCCACCCAGGUACACCUACGAUCCCUCCAUCUUCGCCUUCCGCUCCUUGAGCGUGGUGCCCCCCUGCAGCCCACUGGCCCCGUCUGAGGACCCUCCCUGCUCGUAAAGGCAGUUCUCCCAGCGCUAGUUCAUCCGCUCUCGUCCUCCUUCUCUUUCCAUUCCCAGACGGGAAUUUCUUUUUUUCCGGCCUCCGUGGCGAGACAGAGAAGCAACCAUUUAUGAAACCGACCGCUAAGACUGGUCAAACUAUUGCACACUCAGGUAAUCCCACCUUAUCCCUUUGAAUCACCGUUCUCCCCCCGUGAAAUCUACGGGAACAUUGGGGGGAUAAAAACGGACCCAAACACAAUACUUCCGCGUUGGCCUCUGAAGAAGAUGCUGUGAUUGGAGCAUCCAGAAACACUCAUGCACAGAGACGUGUUCUGAAACAUUACUUCUGGGUUACAAUGCACGUGAGACAAUCAAGCGGUCCUGGUGUUUCCUCCGUUGAUGUGGCCACUGGACGUCCUGUAAGGUUCUUGGUAACUUCAUACUUUAAACAUGGUACCGUGAGUCAUUGGAUAUUGUGUUACUGAGACAAACGUGGUGGUCAAUCUGAAAAUAGUUCUUUGGAUUGGUCACUGACUAUGCAGGUCACGAUCGUGAAACACGCAUGACCUGCCGAGCUCUGUGGCCAUGUAGGUGUUCUCAAUGAAUUAGUCACUUUAGUCCAGGUCAGAGUGAAGUGCUCGUAUCUUCUCUCCUCGCAUGCAUUCCACUGCUCGUCAGAAAGAGGAAGUGAUGUUUGUGAAUAGUUCGCUGCACAUCUGGCAAAAAGUUACAGGGGUUCUGUUCCGCGUAGCCGACUUGUUGUGUGCCAUUUCUUUUUUUCAAUAUUGUACCUCAUUGCUUUUUUCAGGUAGAAAACCACACUGGUUGUAUCAGAGAUAGUGUUUUUCUAGAGAUAUCUUAAUGCCUUGAAAUCACAUUCCUGUCGCUCGGAAUGAAACUUGAGUUCUGGGCUCCCGACGAGCCAAUCAGUCCGAUAAACGCAACAACCCCUUUAACACCCUGUGGAGGAAAUGCAUUGUGCCUCCUUCACAGCCCAGAGGCUUCCAGAGGGACGCAGAAAUCAUACAAUCUGCACACUAAACACACUUGAACGGUGUAAAGCUGGUCAAUGUCACCACUGUAACCAAGAAUGUAACGUUGUGGCAUGAAUCAAUCAAUAAAUACCCUGUGGCCUCUUGA